CUCCUUAACAUUUCGUCUAAUGUAAAAAGAUCCACUCCCAAAAAACAGAUCAAAGAUCCAAAACAAUGUCUACAACUUUUGGAUCGGUCCCUAUCUUGACCGUGGUAGCCAUACAACUCUUUCUUAUACGCAAUGUUUUGUCCCUGAACCUUACUAAUGCGUAUCUGCACCACAAAUGCAACAACACCCAAGGGAUAUACAAGCGGGGAACUGCGUUCGAGAAAAAUCUAAACAUAGCCCUCCGUACUGUCAUUUUUAAUGGCGAUUUUCGCACCGGUUUCCGAUAUGGCGAUGUAGGUGAGGAUCCAAAUACUGUCUUUGUCAUGUACCAAUGUCGCGGUGACUCCUAUUGGUCCAACUGCCGAACUUGCGUCACCACCGCCCUCUCAGGGCUUCGAAAGAGAUGUCCAGGAAACAAGGGGGCAAUAAUAUGGUAUGACCAAUGUCUUUUCGAGAUAUCUACUAUAUCGUCCUACCAUAAGAUCGAUUACGAGAACGAUUUCUUUUUGUCAAACCCAAAAAACGUGAGCAAUCGAGAGUUGUUCAACAGGGAGACAUCGGCUCUCCUUGAGAAGCUAACAAAUAAAGCGACCGAUAAAAAGAACAUAGAUGGUGCCAAUCAAUUGGUUUUGUACGCAGCGGGGGAGAAGAGAAUUGGGACGAAGAAGGUGUACGCAAUGGUGCAGUGUACGAAAGACUUAGUGUUUACAACUUGCUCAUCGUGUUUGGAAUGGAUUUUCAGGAUGUAUUCAGAGUGCUGUGAUGGUAAACAAGGAGGAAGAGUUUUAAGUACUAGUUGUAACUUUAGGUAUGAGUUAUAUCCUUUUCUUAGAAAUAACGAUACAGUGAGACUUCCAUAUUAAAUGAAAGAGGUCCAUGAGUACACGGUCUUAUAUAUAUGUACAUUUUGUUGAGCUAAUUUGAAUACAGCACAAAAUACGUUUUGAGCGAUUAACUGCACUUUGCUUUAUUUCGUAUUUUAUUGUCAGCAUAAUUCAUGAAAAGAGACUCUAUUGUAAGGGGAAAAAAAUCUAAGAGUAAUAUACAUCCCACAUAGAACACAGCCAAACCCAUAAAAGAUAAACUAUACUCUCUCGUAAUUGUGAAAUAAGAGUAGCUAAAGCUCUUGUGAGUUGUGACCAUUGUUUUUAGCAAAGGCCAAUUAUGGCCGGAAUAGUCCACAAAUGGAUACGCACAAGCAUGCAACUAUAGUACGUUAAGUAACAAGUUUCAAGAAGACGCUCUAGAGGAAUGAUGGUAUAAAAUAAUAAAAUCAUCGUAGAACCACAUUAGAGGAAGACCAAAAAAUUGAAGUUAAAAAGUUUGGAUUUCAAGAUGAGUACAAUGAUCGAUGUCAUGGGUAUAAAACUAGAAAUUGUUUAAAUGUUCUAUUUUCGAACGCAAUUGAGGUGACCAUCGUUGAGAAGCCAAACGAGCGAAAAAAAUUUCACCCACUCAUCCAAAAAAAGAAUGCCAAGAAGGCCAAGCCCAAGGGAAGAAGCGGAGCUCAGAUGACCGAGAGAGAUCACCGGCAAUAUAUAUGACCUAAAUACAAUUAUUCUAAAACCUGAAUAAUCAACAGAUUUUAUAUAAUAACCAGAAAAUGAAAACAGAAUAUGUAAUAAUUAUCAAAUACAAUGUUUUCAGCUUUUAUUUUUCUUUCAAAUUUUCUAGCAACAUACAAGCCUAACGUUAAUAUUAGACAAAAAGACGUAUAACAUGAUAAUGAGAUGAAACUGUAAUAUUAGGUGUGAGUUAUACCCUUUUCUUUCUACUUAAAGACUCUUUGUAACUUUGUUGAUGAUGCAGGAAACAUUCUCUUGACAACUUUCUAAUUUUAAGUUUGGUUUUGUUUAUUUUCCCAUUUUUUUUUUUGAGUUUUUGCCUAUUUUCCCAUUUUGUUUGUUUGGUUUUGUUUAACUUAGCUUUCCUGCUUUGUUUGUUUAGGUCACAGCUAUCUCUAAAACAUUAUUUGAAUAUUAACUUCCUUAUGUAUCGUUUUGACUAUUGAUUUCACAAGAUUAGUGACUACAACCGAAUUAACAAAUAAAUAUAUGUACAAAUAAUAUCAUUUUUGAUUCAAUAUAUAAUAAAUGAGUAGUCUAUUCUCACUUAUCAAGCUCAUAAUUAGACCUGGACAAAAUGCCCGUAUCAGAAGAAAAGAACCGAGGCAUCAAAUUGAAGCAGAACCGACACAAAUACUCGAAUUGAUUUUAAAUUCUUAUAUCCAAAUAAUCGAAACUAAACCGAAACUGAAUUAAAAACCGAAUCCAAAAUACAAAACCAUAAUUAAUUAAUCAGUGUGCAUAGAAGAGUUUAGCAAAAUCCCGAGAGCCAAAAUCGUAUCGC